AUGGCCACGGCUGAGUGGCCCCGGCCCAGGGAGGCCUCGUGUCACAGCCCCAGCACCAACAACUGCCAGGACCUGGGCAACUCCAUCCUGUUGCUGCUAGGCCUCGUCAUCUGCAUUAACAUUGGCAUCAAUGUGGUGACACUGCUCUGGCACAGACUCCGUGGCUUCUUACACCAAGUGUUUCCUGUUAUUUGUGAGAAAGAAGCUUCUAAGUUAUGCUCACCUGGGAAGCAGACCCAGCCCCCGAAGAAGAGCGCCCCUGCAGUCUGCCGUCGGUGCACCAUGGACCCUGUGAAAAUGACUGUGUCCCCCGCACCCACUCGCCGCCGUCGCCGUCGAGACUCUUCACGCCGCGCCCACCGCCCCGUAGCUUGGGCCCCUGACACUGACAGCAAUGACAAGAAGCCCCCACGUCAGCACACAACAACCUGUUCCCACAACUGGGAUUGCCCCAAGCACUGGGAAGGCUUUCAGUCCACCCAGGGGUUCUGGACUCCCUGGGCCCAGGAUGCUGUGGAGCCACCUACCCAGACCAUCCACUUCCAGCAAACUGUAGAGGGAAGGCUGCUCAAAAGAGAGACGCAGUCAGAGCUGGGCCCAGAGGCCUACGUGAACCCUGUUAACCCCCUGCCCCACAGCCCUCAGGCCCUGAGCCACAAGAACAGUGCGGGGGUGCCCCAGGCAGAACAGGAGCAGUGCUUGCGAGCCCAGCCACCCAUCCUGGGCCCGGCCCACGUCCCAGACAUCCGCCGGUGCCACUCCUCAGGGCGCGAAGUCUAUGAUGCCAGAGACGUGAGGCGGCAGAUGCGGGAGCUGACCAGGGAGGUGGAGGCCCUGUCCCACCAUUACCCACCGGUCUCUGGAUCCAGCACGGCUGAGGGGACGGGAAAUGCCUGGGUAUACCGUUCCCUGACAGAGAAGUGA